UUCGUUACUCUUCAUCCAAAUAUAUUCAUACACAUACAAACACAUAUUCCGAUAUAAAACAACUUUGUUUUCUUUUUAUCUCCUCUAAUUUUUUGAAAGUCACGACCAAACAAGAAGAAUGAAGACAUUCAAGAUAUCUUAUUUCGUUGUGGUACUCAUAACGGUCUUGGCCAUUGCUAUAACACUUAGCGAACCGCUAAGGGUUGAGGCGAGCCACCGAGACAGAUAUGGUCUGGCGAUAACCGCUACACAAGGUAAAAAAGGUGGGAACCGUACAAGUGCAAUGACAUGUGACAAAAGUCCCAAAGUAUGUCGACUCAAAGGCAGUUCAGGUCGCGAUUGUUGUCGUAAAAGGUGUGUGGACUUGAGGACCAACAAAUUGAACUGCGGAAGAUGUGGGAAAAGCUGCCAGUACUCAGAAAUUUGUUGCAAGGGAUACUGUGUAAACCCGAUGUUCGAUAAGAGACAUUGUGGAGGUUGCUUUAAGAAGUGCAACAAAGGGAGAUCGUGUGCAUAUGGGAUGUGCAGCUAUGCUUGAAGAAACAAUAGGGGUAUAACCGUAUAAGGUUACUGAGAAAGGGAUGUUUAAUUUGUUGGUUUAAAUUGGUUUACAUUCACAUUACAAUCUAAAAUUAAAAUAUUAUAUAGCUAGCUUGAAUAAGGUUGGUCAACUUGAAAAAAGGUUGGUCAACUUGUUACUAAAAUUAGAAAGGCUCUUGUAAAAGUUUGUCAUCAUUAUUGUGUUAUUGUUUAAUUUUAUAUCCAUGUGGCAUGUAACAAACCAAUGUAUUAUGUUGUUUACUUGUAUGAUUAAUCUAAAAUUUAUUA